GGCGGUGUCGGCCUACGCCCCCAGAGUUGUCCGGCUGGCGCUGGCGGUGGCGCGGUUUGUGUGGGCUGGGUGAGGGCGGGGAGGCCUGGCUGUGUGGAUCUCUGACAGGUGAGGCGGGGGACGCAGAAGUCUAGCCGCCCUCUCCCACAGCGGAGUCCGAAACAGGCCUACCAGUGAGUAGGACGUACACCUUUCAGAUCGCUCCAUUCUUCUGGCUCCUGUCCCUCCUCUACCCCUGUAUUUUGAACUUUUGUCCUUUCUCUUCCCCCCCCUCCUUUACUUCUGUCUUCUUUACCUUCCUACUGUGACGGGAUCCCACUCUCUGCCUUCUCCUUAGGUUUAGAUUUUUACUUCGACCAACCUCUCGUUUUGGGCGAAGUCCCUGGCAAUUCGGAGGUACUUCUGGAAAGAAGGUGCUUUUAAUACUUUAGGGGCCAUGUCGUUAUCUUCUCUGGCCACCUAAACACCCUGAACUGUUCCCGUUGGCAGAGGUCACUUUUUGUAUGGUUCCAAAGGGAUGCUCCUGCUUCAUGGCUGCCUCCCUUCUAGGUUGUGGGUUAUGUUAUUGUCAGGGUUUUUCUAAGAGUUUUCGGGACUGAAAGUGAUUUUCUGUGUGUAAACAGGAUUAAGAGUGUAAACAGGGUUAAGAGUGAAAGGUAGACUAGAAAAGACAGGUCUAAAUUGACAUAAAAGCUUAAAUUACUAACUUGUUCUCAGUUUUGUCUAGAAAGAAGGUCGUCUUAGGGAAGCUCGAAGCCCUGGAUAACUUAUGUGUGUAAAGUUUUAAACCACUUGAUGAUUUUCUCCCAAUAUAAUUUUGUGUUUAAUAAUGUACUUAUGCUAAUAUCAAAUAUAAUUUUCAUGCCCUAUGUUUCCAUCUCCAAACCCAACUGGUUGAACAUCAAAGUAUCUUCUUGAAGUAUUAAUGUGCAGUCAUACGUCAGCAGCCAAAGCUUGAAACUUAUUGGUUCAGAAAUCUUUUUCUCACUGAUUUGUUUUUGAGAAACUGCAUAAAACAUAACUGUAUAAUUUGAUGAAUUUCCACAAACAGAAUAUAUCCAUGUCAAUUCUUAUUUCUGUUGGGUGUUUCCAUGCUCCAUCAUGUUAAGAGCUAAGAAUCAGCUUUUUUUACUUUCACCUCAUUACCUGAAGCAGGUAAAAGAAUCAUCAGGCUCCAGGCUCAUACAGCAACGACUUCUACACCAGCAACAGCCCGUUCUCCCAGAAUGGGCUGCCCUGGCUAAAAAGCAGCUGAAAGGCAAAAACCCAGAAGACCUAAUAUGGCACACCCCAGAAGGGAUCUCUAUAAAACCCUUGUAUUCCAAGAGAGAUACUAUGGACUUACCUGAAGAACUUCCAGGAGUGAAGCCAUUCACACGUGGACCAUAUCCUACCAUGUAUACCUUUAGGCCCUGGACCAUCCGCCAGUAUGCUGGUUUUAGUACUGUGGAAGAGAGCAAUAAGUUCUAUAAGGACAAUAUUAAGGCUGGUCAGCAGGGAUUAUCAGUUGCCUUUGAUCUGGCGACACAUCGUGGCUAUGAUUCAGACAACCCGCGAGUUCGUGGUGAUGUUGGAAUGGCUGGAGUUGCUAUUGACACUGUGGAAGAUACCAAAAUUCUUUUUGAUGGAAUUCCUUUAGAAAAAAUGUCAGUUUCCAUGACUAUGAAUGGAGCAGUUAUCCCAGUUCUUGCAAAUUUUAUAGUAACUGGAGAAGAACAAGGUGUACCUAAAGAGAAACUUACUGGUACCAUCCAAAACGAUAUACUAAAGGAAUUUAUGGUUCGAAAUACAUACAUUUUUCCUCCAGAACCAUCCAUGAAAAUUAUUGCUGACAUCUUUGAAUAUACAGCAAAGCAUAUGCCAAAAUUUAAUUCAAUUUCAAUUAGUGGAUACCAUAUGCAGGAAGCAGGGGCUGAUGCCAUUCUGGAGCUGGCCUAUACUUUAGCAGAUGGAUUGGAGUACUCUAGAACUGGACUCCAGGCUGGCCUGACAAUUGAUGAAUUUGCACCAAGGUUGUCUUUCUUCUGGGGAAUUGGAAUGAAUUUCUAUAUGGAAAUAGCAAAGAUGAGAGCUGGUAGAAGACUCUGGGCUCACUUAAUAGAGAAAAUGUUUCAGCCUAAAAACUCAAAGUCUCUUCUUCUAAGAGCACAUUGUCAGACAUCUGGAUGGUCACUUACUGAGCAGGAUCCUUACAAUAAUAUUGUCCGUACUGCAAUAGAAGCAAUGGCAGCAGUAUUUGGAGGGACUCAAUCUUUGCACACAAAUUCUUUUGAUGAAGCUUUGGGUUUGCCAACUGUGAAAAGUGCUCGAAUUGCCAGGAACACACAAAUCAUUAUUCAAGAAGAAUCUGGGAUUCCCAAAGUGGCUGAUCCUUGGGGAGGUUCUUACAUGAUGGAAUGUCUCACAAAUGAUGUUUAUGAUGCUGCUUUAAAGCUCAUUAAUGAAAUUGAAGAAAUGGGUGGAAUGGCCAAAGCUGUAGCUGAGGGAAUACCUAAACUUCGAAUUGAAGAAUGUGCUGCCCGAAGACAAGCUAGAAUAGAUUCUGGUUCUGAAGUAAUCGUUGGAGUAAAUAAGUACCAACUGGAAAAAGAAGACGCUGUAGAAGUUCUGGCAAUUGAUAAUACUUCAGUGCGAAACAGGCAGAUUGAAAAACUUAAGAAGAUCAAAUCCAGCAGGGAUCAAGCUUUGGCUGAACGUUGUCUUGCUGCACUAACCGAAUGUGCUGCUAGUGGAGAUGGAAAUAUCCUGGCUCUUGCAGUGGAUGCAUCUCGUGCAAGAUGUACAGUGGGAGAAAUCACAGAUGCCCUGAAAAAGGUAUUUGGUGAACAUAAAGCGAAUGAUCGUAUGGUGAGUGGAGCAUAUCGCCAGGAAUUUGGAGAAAGUAAAGAGAUAACAUCUGCUAUCAAGAGGGUUCAUAAAUUCAUGGAACGUGAAGGUCGCAGACCUCGUCUUCUUGUAGCAAAAAUGGGACAAGAUGGCCAUGACAGAGGAGCAAAAGUUAUUGCUACAGGAUUUGCUGAUCUUGGUUUUGAUGUGGACAUAGGCCCUCUUUUCCAGACUCCUCGUGAAGUGGCCCAGCAGGCCGUGGAUGCAGAUGUGCAUGCUGUGGGCGUAAGCACCCUCGCUGCUGGUCAUAAAACCCUAGUUCCUGAACUCAUCAAAGAACUUAACUCCCUUGGACGGCCAGAUAUUCUUGUCAUGUGUGGAGGGGUGAUACCACCUCAGGAUUAUGAAUUUCUGUUUGAAGUUGGUGUUUCCAAUGUAUUUGGUCCUGGGACUCGAAUUCCAAAGGCUGCCGUUCAGGUGCUUGAUGAUAUUGAGAAGUGUUUGGAAAAGAAGCAGCAAUCUGUAUAAUAUCCUCUUUUUGUUUUAGCUUUUGUCUAAAUAUUAUUUUAGUUAUGAUCAAAGAAGAGAGUAAAGCUAUGUCUUCAAUUUAAUUUCAAUACCUGAUUUGUACUUUCCUUGAAAGCUUUACUUUAAAAUAUGUUGCUUAUAAGCCUGGUGUCAUGCCGUAAGUAUGUACAUACAGUUUCGCUUCAAAAAAAAAAAAAAAAAUCCCUAAAAACUCUCUAUAACAAUACUUUAUCAAGAACUCUGGACAAUGGUAUUAUUUUUAAAAAUCAUGGUGAUGUAUUUAUUAGAAUGUUUCUUAUAAAUCUGUUUACUUUUUAUAUUAAGAAUUAAACUGUAUCUAAAAAAACUCUGACUAUUCCCAUUUGUCAGUUUAGCAUUACAUUGUCUUGAGCACCGGAAAAUAAAAUCCAUAUAUUAAUAAAAACCUAUCUUGAAAAA